CGGUCUUCUUCGACAAGGGAGUGGUACCGUUCACUCGACUACCACCAGCUGUAGAGGCCAAGUCGACAUGGACAAGCAGAUUCAGCGCCGUGCAACACCAUGGCUGGACAAGCCCUUGGUAUUCUCCGGCAACUACCGCGAGUACGAAUGUGCUUUCAACGAGACAUCGCAAUGUGACUACCAGGAGGGCUAUUGGAGAUUCUGGUAUGAAGCCGAUCACCGCUAUGCCCUACCUACCGUCGCCUUCUUCCUGGCAAGCAUCAUUGUCUUCGCCCUGGUCUACAUUGCAGGAAGCUUGACCCCUCGGAGAGUCCAGCAAACGAGGUCUGUGACCAAGACCAAGGCGCUAUAUCGAUACCUGUCGUAUAAAACCUUCAGAAUCCCGGCCCUCGAUUGGAACUCGGCACCCAUCGGUCUGCUAGCACUAGCAGGAGUCGGUACCAUCUUCUUCUUUGCCAUGACGCUCGGUCCAAAACCGUACUAUUGGCCAAACACGGACGACGUCGACUACGGGUCCUCGCCUCCCAUCGCGACCAGAACAGGCUGGAUGGCUCUGGCCUGCCUGCCCUUUGUGAUAGCGACGUCAGCCAAGACCAACUUUAUUACUUUGGUAACUGGCAUCUCACAUGAGCGGCUUCAGACAUGCCAUCGUUGGAUAUCCUACGCCUUCUUCGUGCUCUCCCUCAUCCACACCUUUCCAUUUAUCAUUUACAACAUCGACAAGGGGAUGAUGGUCGACAUGUGGAAGACCACCGUCUUCUACUGGACAGGUGUAGUCGCCCUUAUUGCCCAGGCCUGGUUGACCUUUGCCUCGUGGGGGCCGCUGAGGAGUCUAUGCUAUGAGUGGUUCAAGUUCGCACACUUUGUCGCUGCACUCGUGUUUGUGUUGUUCUUGUUCUUCCACUGCGACGCCACACUAACUGCAUGGGACUACUUUGCUGCUACCGGGGCUCUGUUUUCUCUGUCGUGGCUAUAUCGACAGGCACGCAUCUACUUCGAACACGGUAUAAGCCAUCACGCCGAGCUAACUAUUGCUUCCAACGGCUUUAUCCGCGUUUCUGUUCCUACCAAAGCAACCUGGACAGUCGCCCAGCAUUAUUUCGUCCGUUUCAUGGGCCUCGGCCCCCACGCCUUAACCCUUCACCCGUUUACGGCCUGUUCUCUACCGCCCAGGGAUGCCAGAAGCGGAUUCGACGAAUCCGAGCUGGUCUUCCUCAUUCGACCUCGCGGGGGGUUCACGGCCAGGCUGGCGCAUUACACCGAGUUGCACACAAACACCAAAAUGAGAGUCUUGUUAGACGGCCCAUAUGGUGGUGUUGAUGUUAGGGCUAUUGAUGAUAGCCAGCGCAUGCUCGUUAUUGCCGGUGGAUCAGGUGCGGGCUGGAUCCUACCCUUCAUCUCGGCGUAUCUAGACCGUCGACUCCAAGCCGGGUCUUCCUCAGAUGAAUAUUCUGAACCAUCACUAAGAGUCAUCUUGGUCACUCGAGACAUUUCGACUACCACAUGGUUCGAGGAGGAGGUCCACGAUCUGCUGAAGUCGCGGUCAGAUGUACCAACAUACGGACUUCAAGUCGAAAUCUACUACACAGGCCCGGAGGCAAACAAAGCAAGCCCGACACAGACGGGGCAAUUCUCAAAGGCACUGGAUCACCCAGAAAAGGCGUCUAAGUCGACGCCUACCCCACAAAGCGUCCAACAUCUCAAAUCAAGGCCCGACUUAGCAGUCAAGGUGGAAGAAGAGGCCAGGUCGAGUGGUGCCGGUCAGUCCCUCGGCGUCUUUGUAUGUGGCCCUCUAAGCAUGCAGAGCGAUGUUUCGGCUGCCGUGGCGCGUGAGCAGUUGAGUAUAGCAAAGAGAGGCACUGGAGAUAUCCUUUUGCAUUUGGAACAUUUCUCCUGGGCUUAGCUUGGCUGCGAGUGUCUUGCCAUCUGGCACAGGGCAAUCUCAACGGCAUUAGUUAACGGCACUGGUUCAUACGGAAAGCAAUAGCCUACUUUGUUUUAAUGUCUACAAUAUUAUCCACGUAAUGAUAGCACCACAUUCUUGCCAUUAG